AUGCAGAAUCUGACUGAACUCCCAGUGAAUGCGACUUCACAAACAAGCCUGUCUGUGAUCAUCAAGGUGUGCAUAGUCAUCCCCUUCUUCUGCGCCUUCCUCUGCUGCAUCGGUGUCAUGCUGCACAUCUUUGCGUCUCACAGGCAGUUCCUGGACACGUCGCGUUACAUCCUGUUUGCCUACAUGCUGAUCAACGACACGCUGCAGAUCCUGUCCUCUGUGCUGCUCUUCCUCUUCGUCAUGGGUCAGGUGAAGCUGGUGCUGGUCUGCUGUGUCCCUCUGCUGCUCCUAUCCACUGCCACUUUCCAGAACACUCUCCUAAUCCUGGCCACGAUGUCACUGGAGCGUUAUGUUGCCAUCUUCUACCCCCUGCAGCGUCCGGCCGCCUGGCGCUCGGACCGCAUCUGGAUCAUCAUUCUGUCCCUGUGGCUCCUCAGCUGCACUUACCCCAUCAUAGAAUUUGCCAUUGGGGAGCUAGACCCCGCUGUGGAUGCCCUCUCCACCCCUGUGUCCUGCAAAGUUACUGUUGUAAACUCGUCUGCAGUCCAGAUGUUGUUCAAAGCUGCAUUUUAUGUGCUUAUGUUCACUUUAGUGGCUGUUGUUAUCCUCUUUACAUAUGUGAGAAUCCUGAUGGAAACCAGGAAGAUGAGGCAGAACAGAGCAUCAGUAAGCAAAGCCAUGCACACUGUUCUGCUGCAUGGCUUCCAGCUGCUGCUCUGCCUGUUGGCUUUCACUCACCCCAUCACCGAGACUCUCAUAGUGCUGCAUGCUAACUGGCUACCAGAAGAUAUCGCCUUUUUCAAUUACUUCUGCUUCAUCCUGAUCCCCCGCUUCCUCAGCCCGCUCAUCUACGGCUUCAGAGAUCAGAAUCUCAGAGACUACAUCGGCAAAACCUUCCUCUGCUGCUCAAACAACAUCAAAGCUGCUGUCAUUGGCAAACUGCAGGACAGUCUGUCUGCUUCAUGAUUCAAGCAUAAUGCAGAACUGUCAUAAAACGUGCUUGUGAUGUUUCAUCGGGGUGUCUGCAGGACAGGUCUUAAAAAGAGAUCAGUGAGAUGAGAUACACUGAACUCUGAACAGGUUUCUCAUGCUGUGUCGUUCUUAAUAUUGUUCAUACUGACAUUUAACAGGUGUGCUCUUUGUGUGCUUUCACUGCAAAUGAUCUGUGCAGAAUCUUUGAGUCUAAAUGAGUGAAUAACUUCCAGAGUUGCACUGUUUUAGUAAAAUCUUCCUUCUUUGUGCUCCUCCUUUGAGCUGCAGUGAAGGAAAACUAACAUAAGAAGGAGAUUUAUUUUGUUAAA